AUGGAAUUUGGAGGUUUGAUUGAAUAUCUUGAGAACAAGACUAUUUUAAUAACUGGAGGAGCUGGCUUUGUUGCCAAAAUCUUUGUGGAGAAAAUUUUAAGGAGUCAACCAAAUGUGAAGAAGAUUUAUGUUCUUUUAAGAGCUUCAGAUUCCAACUCAGCACGACAUCGUUUCAAAACACAGGUGAUGGAAAAGGAAUUGUUUAGGUUACUAAGGGCAAAAUGGGAAAAGAAGUUUGAUUCAUUUAUAUGGGAAAGAGUGGAAGUUGUGUGUGGUGACAUUAGUGAUGAAAACUACUUAUUAGGCAUCAAAAAUUCCAAUUUGAGGGACCAAAUGUUCAAAGAUGUUGACUUUAUAGUCAACUGUGCUGCAACAACUGAUUUCUUUGAGAGGUAUGAUGUAGCUCUGGCCACUAAUACAAUUGGAAUUUUAAAUCUUUUGAGUUUUGCAAAGAAGUGCAUUAAACUAAAGAAGCUACUCCAUUUGUCAACUGCUUACGUAAGCGGUGAAAGAGAUGGAAUAGUACCAGAGAAAGCAUUCGAGUUUGGUGAAACAUUAAAGAAAACUUUCACCAAACUUGAUUUUGAAAUCGAACAUGAACUAGCCACACACAAAUUGUCUCAACUUCGAGAAAACGAAGCUUCGGAAGCAACCAUCAAUGCCACAAUGAGAGAAUUUGGAAUUGAAAGUAUUAUUAGGGCAAACCAUUUUGGAUGGCCAAAUACAUAUGUAUUUACAAAAGCAAUGGGAGAAAUGUGCUUAGAACAAUUCAAAGAAGAUGUCUACACUGUCAUACUACGUCCCACAAUGAUUUUAAGCACUUAUAAAGAACCAUUUCCUGGUUGGAUCGAAGGACUUAGAACCAUAGAUAUCAUAAUUGCUAGCAUUGGAAAAGGAAAAAUGUCAUUCUUCUUGGGCAAACCUACUUUGAUAGUUGACUUGAUACCAGCAGAUAUGGUGGUAAAUGCAAUGAUUUUGGGGAUGGUAUUUGGUGAAAAUGGAAUGAUUUAUCAUGUUGGAAGCUCCAUCAAAAAUCCUAUUUAUGUUUCUCAAGCUUAUGAUUAUGUGUAUAAUUAUUUCACUGAAAAUCCACUUUUUGAUCAUAAAGAAGAAAAGCCAAUCAUAGUAACCAAAGUCAAACUUUUCCAACAUAUUUUCACUCUAAACAUCUACAUGGCCAUUCGAUUCCUCCUACCUCUGAAGAUACUGCAAAUGGUGGCCAACAUACCAUUUUUGAGAUGUUACAAAGAUGUUUAUGCCAAAAACAUGAAGAAACUUCAGACAGUAAUGCGUUUCAUACAAAAAUUCAAACACUUUGCCUUAUUCAAUGGGAUAUUUGAGGAUACAAAUUCUGAAAGGCUAAGAGAAGAAUUGAUCAAAGGGAGUGGCAAUUUGGAAAUAAUGGAAGCAUUCAAUUUUGAUCCCAACUCCAUUGAUUGGGAAGAUUAUAUUAUCAAUACUCACAUUCCUGGCCUCAUAAAAUAUGUUAUUAUUUAAAUGAUAUAUUAAAUUCUCUGUAUUUUCUAAAGUAUACUAGAAGAUAAUAAUAAUAUGCUAUAAUAAGCUCAAAAUAAAACAUAAUAAAAUACUCUUAUUGGAGGUAACAUUAUGAAUAAAUAUGUUGGGUCUUGUGUUUAAUUAAAACUCUAUUUUAAUGUAAUCUUGAACUUUAUUAUCAAUAAAAAUAUGGGAAUUAUAU